CUCUCUACAAAAUCAUGUGGUGCUCCAGAGAAGACAGAUAGAUCAUCAGCACUACUAUGGUCUAUGGACUAUGGCUCUGCUGGCAUCAUCCAAGAGAGUGGUGAUAUCAGUGCCGGUGCUUGUUCUCUCCGCCGCGGCAGCCGCCGUCUUCUUCUUCUUGCUCCUCUCCUCCCUUUCUUCACCUUCAUCUACCUCGAAUUGCUCUUGCCCUUCCGCGCCUGACCGCACUGCCGCCUCUAGCGCUGUCAGACCGGGGGAGCGGAUCUCGGCGUCGGCGGAGGAUGUUGAGUGGGCGAGGGAGCAGAUCGAGGCCAAUGGGCUCCAUAUGAAAGAAAAUGUGCUCCGAAAAGGGAUUAACCCUCGUACACGCCAACAACAGCUCCAGGAUCUGCUUCAGUUCAAGGGAAUAUCACACUAUGAAGGAGAGGAAGCGAAUAAUCACACUACUCUCCCUUGUCCUGGUGAGCUCCUUGUAGAAGAGCACCACAGCAAUUACGGGGAGCCUUGGGCAGGAGGGCGAGAUGUGUUUGAAUUCCUUGCAGAAUCGGUUCAUCUAGCUCCAAACUCCAAGGUUCUGGAGAUUGGAUGUGGGACUCUUCGUGUUGGUUUGCAUUUCAUUCGGUACUUGAACCCUGAAAAAUACCACUGCCUUGAAAGAGAUGAGCUAUCCUUAAUGGCUGCCUUGCGGUAUGAGCUUCCAUCCCAAGGUUUAUUACCUAAACGUCCUCUUAUCAUAAGAGGUGAAGACAUGGAGUUCAGUAAAUUUGGAUCUGGAACUAUCUAUGAUUUGAUAUAUGCAAGUGCUGUUUUCCUUCAUAUGCCCGAUAAGCUUGUAUGGGCUGGGUUAGAGAGACUUGCUGAUAAAUUAAAACCUUUAGAUGGUCGUAUUUUUGUGUCACACAAUAUAAAGUUUUGUUCAAGAUUAGGAGGAGACGAAUGCACAAAAAGGCUAAGUAAUCUUGGCCUUGAGUAUCUUGGGAAGCACACUCAUGAUAGUUUUCUCUUCAACCACUAUGAGAUUUGGUUUGAAUUUAGGCGUUUCAAGGCUUAAGAGGUGGAGAUUGAUAAUUUGUAUUUCCGAGGAAGCAAUUGGAACUGUGUUCUCAUUGUUCUUCUGAUUCAUUCUUUCAUUUAUGAGGAAGUAAUCUUGGCAUUGAGUAUCUCGGGAAGCACAUUAUGAUAGUUUGCUCUUCAACCACUACGAGAUUUGGUUUGAAUUUAGGUGCUUCAAGGCUUAAAAAUACAUACAUUCAGAUGGAGAUUGAUAGUUCAUAUUUCUGAGGAUGCAAUUGAUCAGCACUCAGAACCAUCUGCUCAUCUUGUUCUUAUUGUUCCCUUGAUCCAUUCUUUACCGGAAACAUGACACCUAUGCACUGUUUCGCGAUGUGCAAGAGAAAUGACAGAUUUUUGAUAGAGGAGCUUAGUGGUCAUUAAGUUGUAGUUGAAGUGUAGGAGUCUGCUCUGAACUUACCAUGGAGAAUGUUAUUCACCAUGUCAUCACUGUAUUGUAGUUAUAUAUGCUAGGCAGUUAGACAGUUAUGUCAUAAUCACAUUUUAGCAUGCCCAUAUGUGUAACUUUCUGAUGUAUAUUUGAAUUUCUACUUAACAAAGGCUUCUGUUAUACACAUUGUUUCAAUGACGCA